AAGGCGCCAAAGUUGUUGUCACGUUUUCAAAAAAGCUGUGACAGCUUUCCAAGCAAUUUUUCCGGGGAAGAACUCACGCCGCUGUUUUCACGCGACUUUCCGCCCUUGCAGCUACGAUUUGAGGUAUUUUGUGCACAGCUCCAUUUUCCCGAAUAUCCGGGCGUGCUUUCGUUGUGUUUUGUGGUGUGGAAAAUUCAUUUGAUUAAACUCCAGCAGGCGCCCUUUGUGCGUGAAAAACGCAUUUGUUUGGCAGAAAAUUCACGGACAUCUUUACUUUUUGGGAAAGAGUGAACAGUGACGCAUUCACAUGGCUCCACGGAAGAAGAAGGCUGAGACAGCUGAGGAGGGUGCACAAGCAGCUCCAGAGGCAGCCGUUGAGACGAAGAAGCGCGGGAAACGCGUUGCUGAGGGUGGUGUGACAAAGAAAGCUAGUCCGGCAAAGAAGGGGCGCACAAAGAAAGCUGCCGCGGCGGCAGGAAGCCCAAAGAAGAAGGGCCGUGGGGUGAAGAAGGUGGAGGAACCAGAGAGUAGCAGCCCCACAGGAUCGGCAGAAGUUGAAGAGAAUAAUGCAGCAGCAUCCCCAGUGCGAUCUCCGAAGAAGGCCACUCCGGCUAAGGCGAAGGCCACCCCAAAGAAACGUGGAGCAGCAAAGAAGGCCCCAAAGUCCCCAAAAUCUCCCGUAGCUAAUGGUGCCGGUGCCAAGACGGGACGAGGCAGGAAGAAGGCGACAGACGAUGAAGCCCCAAAGGCAACAGGACGAGGCAAGAGGGCCGCACCCGCCGAUGAUGAUGCAGAUGAAGCCACUUCACCACCCAAAGCUAAGAAGGGAAGGCAGGCCAAAGCAACAACAACAGCAGAAGUCGAAUCCAAGAGCCCAGCAAAGAGUCCAGCAAAGCGCGGCAGGAAGGCAAAAGCAGCCGCCAAGACGGGGGAGAACGGUGGGGCUGAAGUGGCGAAGAAGGAUGGCAAGCCGAGGGCUAAUAAAACUUCCACGGACUAUACGCAAAUUGACUUUGGGCAUAGCGCGGCGUUUAAGCUGAAGGUGGCCAGUUGGAAUGUUUCGGGGAUGCGGGCGUGGAUCGGAAAAGGGGGCAUGGAGUACAUUGAGCAUGAGAAGCCAGACAUCUUCUGUUUGCAGGAGAUAAAGUGCAAGAAUGACGAUAUGCCGCCUGAGGCACGCGUCAAGGGCUACCAUCCGUAUUGGCUCUGUCACAGUGGCUACGCUGGCGUUGCCGUCUACUCCAAAACAAUGCCAAUGAAUGUUACGUACGGCAUUGGGGAUGCUGAGCUGGAUGAAGAAGGCCGGGCCAUUACGGCGGAAUUUGAGAAGUUCUACCUUGUUUGCGUCUACGUGCCGAAUGCGGGGCGUGGUCUUGUAACGCUCCCAAAACGUCUUCGUUUCGACGAGAAAUUCCAGGCGUUUGUUAGCAGGCUUGAUCAGAACAAGCCUGUUAUCAUCUGCGGGGACAUGAAUGUGGCUCAUCAGGAAAUAGAUCUGGCAAAUCCCAAGACGAACAAGAAGAACGCCGGCUUCACACAGGAAGAACGAGACAGCUUGACCAAACUCUUCUGCCUCGGCUUUGUCGAUACAUUCCGUCAUUUGUACCCGAAGCAAGCCAAAGCCUACACCUUCUGGACGUACAUGAUGAACGCCAGAGCGAAGAAUGUAGGCUGGCGCCUUGACUACUUCAUUGUCUCUGAGCGUCUAGCUCCGGCAAUUGUGGAUAGUAUCAUGCGUUCACCAGUCAUGGGGAGCGAUCAUUGCCCCAUUGUUGGGCUCUUUAACAUCUAAAACUCCAUUAAACAUCUCAAAUUAAACCUUUUUUGAUAAUUUUUUAUUCAUUUCUUUUUUUUUAAUAUAAAAUUGUUUUUUUUUUGUACAAUCAGGAAAAUAAAAUGUAAUCAGUUCCUUCCGUGAGAUUCAAACUGUUGAUGUUCUCCUCAAAAGCACCAUCAGUGAGAUCCUGGAAUGAGAAUUUGGGGAGAAAGUUAAAUAAAA